AUCUAUGCUCUAUUAUUUAUCUGUGUUCUAUAACGACUGGUUUCCAAAGUCUUUUUAAAAUUUAAUUUUCAUGAAAUACCGUUUUCGGUAAAUAAGCUAAAAUAUUAUUAUCAAACAAUAUUCAUAGCUGCUUUUAAUCUGACUACAAUAUGAACCAUUUAAGUUUUGCUAUUGUGUGCUCUGCAAAUAUGAACAGAAGCAUGGAAGCCCAUGCAUUUCUUAUAAAAAAAGGCUUCAAUGUUAAAUCCUAUGGAACUGCAGACAAAGUCAGAUUGCCAGGACUAACAUUUGAUAGUCCAAAUUGUUACGAUUUCGGAACACCAUAUCAAGAUAUUUACAAUGAUUUGGUAAAGCAAAACAAAGAAUUCUAUAAUAAAAAUGGAAUUUUGCACAUGCUGCAGAGAAACAAACUUAUCAAACCCUCCCCAGAAAGGUUACAAGAGACAAGUGAACAGUUCGAUAUUAUCAUAACUUGUGCAGAGAAGGUGUAUGAUCAGGUGAUUGAAUGGUUGGAGGCAAGGAAGCGCGUCACUAACCAUCCGGUGCACAUUGUCAACAUGGAGAUUGUCGACACACAUGAUGAGGCUAUGAUCGCAGCAUUCGUAAUUAGCGACUUGGCGAAGGAGAUGGUCCUUGCUCAAGACCUGGACGAAGACAUCGGUGAGCUGCUAAAACACUUUGAGUCAAAAUGUCACCGACAGUUGCUGUUCUGUACCAUGUAUUAUUGAAGCGCCACUAGCUACUGCCUACUGGAUUUGUUUUGUUGAUUAAGGCAUGAAUUUGUCUUUUUUUUAUUAUUUAUUUACUGUUAACAGUACCACUUUUUGUUACUAUUUAAUUUAAAAAAAAAUUAUCAAUUAUCAAUUAGUAUUAAGCCUACCUUCUCUUGUUUACAUGAGAGAGUGUUCACAUAUCGCAUGAAAAACAACUAAAGAAAUGUAAACAGACUGAUAUUACUAUUAUUUAUUAAUAUAUUACAAAUUAGUGCCACUAAUUUGUAUAAAAUUAGUGUAAUUCAUUAUAUUUUCAAUGAAAUGAUAAAUAUUAUAUUGUUGCAUUGCAUAUCGCAUAGUGGUGCCACUACUCUGUAUAAAAUUAAUGUGUUUUGAUUAUAAUUUCAGUGAAAUGAAUAAUAUAAUAAUGUUGCUUUGCAUUGUGAUGCUAGUUCUCUAUGUAAUAUUAAUGUGUUUUUGUUAUAUUUUCAAUGUAAAUAAUUAAUUAUUUAUAUAAUAUUGUUGCAUUGCAUUGCAUAGUGGUGUCACUACUCAGUUUAUAGUUAAUGCGAGCUAAUUGUAUUUUCAAUGAAAUAUAUAAUACUAUUGCAUUCUAUACUGGUGCAACUUUGAUGUAUAAAAUUAAUGUGUUUUAAUUGUAUUUUCAAUUGAAUGUUUAAUAUAUUAUUGCAUUCCAUACUAGUGCACCUACUUUGUAUAAAAUGAAUGAUUUUUUAAUUAUACUUUCAAUGAAAUGUUCAGUCUACACCAUGAGUUUUGAAUUAAUGCUGCGAAAUUAUUUUUCAUCUACCUUUAUUAGUAUAUUUUCCAUUCCAAUUUUUAUAGUUACAGUGGAGAUAUAUUACAGAAUCAACAACUUUUGCUGAUGCGCCUGUAUUAUUGUGCUUCUUGUUGCUUAGUAUAUUUGUCUAAACCUAGAUCAUAUCUGGUUUAGAUGACUCUGCUCUAGAAAGUUCUGAUAACACAUUGACUUGCUGCUGUAUGACACUAGUGCACUAGUAUGUAAUGUUAUAUACUAUAAAAUCCUACAAUAAAGAUACAGCAGUUUCUACAGGUAUAUUGAUUAUAUCAAUAAAUGUGUAAACUUUG